GUCGCGGCGGAGCACCGACAACCGGCAAAAUCAUCAAUGGACUGAGAUGGUGGCCGUUCAUCGGUCAUCGCCACGACGAAAGAGUGGUGGGAUGUGGGACCAUUGUGCCACAGAGAUUUGGCAGCUCACGGGAGCGGCUCCGGACGUGACACCCGCUUCUUUUCCUCUCGACUCUCGGUCCUCCUUCGUACUAUGACGUCAGUGCGCUCCUUCCCUCUUUUUUCUCUCUCCUUCAGGAAUCGUGAGUCGUGACGAUCUGCUGGCGAUCUCACAAGCUUUCUUACGGCUGUCUGCUUGGAACAAUAGAGAGAGAGAGAGAGAGAGAGAGAGAGAGAGAGAGAGGAAGGAGGCGGAAGCAAAUGUUUGGUUCGUCAUUCAACCGAUUGUGCAUAACUCCACCUAGGCAGUACCUUGUUUUACGUGAGUUUUCGAUGACAGAUUAGGGAAGCCUGAAGGCAAGGGAGUGACUGUGAAGAAGGCAAAGAGGAAUGUGGAAGUUUCUUGCUCUAUUCUCAUACACACUGCUGUGCAAUCUGGCCUCCGUUCGCAGUGAUACAGAUCAGUCGGAUGUGUCUGCUCUCAACACGUGGUAUAAUAUUCUUGGUUCUCCCUCUCAGCUAACUGGAUGGAGUCUAAGCGAAGGCGACCCUUGUGGUCAAUCUUGGACGGGCGUUACCUGCUCUGGAUCUGCGGUUACAGAAAUGCACCAGUUACAUAUGUGUGUUCUGUUUAUUUGGGCUUGAGCAGCAAGCUAUCUGGUCUUGGACUAAGUGGAUCGUUGGGCUACAGCCUCGAUGGUUUAAAGUCUGUCAUUAACUUGGACUUGAACAACAAUAACCUCACUGGCCAAAUACCUUAUCAACUUCCUCCAAAUUGUCAGCAAAUCAAUCUUGCUGGAAACAGCCUUACUGGAGAUUUCCAAUACUCAAUUUCACUAAUGACCAAUCUUACAUACAUAAAUCUUAGCCAUAAUCAACUUCAAAAUAUGGGCGACUUUUUCGGAAAGCUUACGAAACUCACUGAAUUGGACUUGUCUUUCAAUAAUUUGUCUGGAAAUCUCCCAUCUACAUUCAGCUCCCUUUCAAGCCUUACUACACUAUAUCUGCAAAACAAUCAGUUUACAGGUUCCCUUGAUGCCCUUACCUAUCUUCCCCUACUAAACCUCAAUGUUGCAAAUAACCAUUUCAGCGGUGCAAUACCUCCACAGUUAUUAACUAUUAAAAACUUCCAAAGAGAUGGUAAUUCUUGGGGCAUAUCAUCACCACCUGGCACCGAUGGUGGUAACGGUGGCCCAACAAGUGGGGAUGCAAGGGGAAAGAAAUCAGGAUUAAGUGGCGGGGGUGUAGCUGGAAUCGUUAUAGCCUUUUUAGUUUUCGGAACAGUAGUAGCAUGCUUUAUAUUAAGGAGGAGGAGAUCUAAAAGCACCUUUGAUGAAGAAAAGCUUAAUGAGGACCAUCCCUUUAGCCUUCUUGGAUCAAACGAAAUUAGAGGCAACCAAAUACAUGCCUCUGCAUUAGAAAUGAAAUCCACAGAAUCUUCUGCUUCAACAACACCAAUGAAAUUGGAGCCAUCACGAUCAGAAGUUCUUAAACCGCCACCUAUUAACCACUAUAAAUCAUUUGAGAAUGAUUACCUUCCAAAAAGAAAUGUUACUGUCAAGAGAAUUGAUAUGACUUCAGUAAAUGCAUCAGUACACUCUAUUGCGGACCUGCAGAUGGCAACUGGCAGCUUUAGUAUGGACAAUCUUAUUGGUGAGGGGUCAUUUGGAUGUGUUUAUAAGGCCCAAUUUGCAGACGGAAAGGUCUUCGCUGUGAAAAAGGUUGACUCAAGUUCACUACCAAAUCAAGAACCUGAUGACUUCAUGGAAGUUGUUUUUAGCAUUUCUCAGUUACACCAUCCAAACAUCAACGAGCUUGUUGGAUACUGUUGUGAACAUAGUCAAUAUUUACUGGUUUAUGAGUUUCAAGAGAAUGGAUCGCUGCAUGAUUACCUUCACCUUGUUGUCGAUUACACUAAACCUUUGACUUGGAAUGCUCGUGUUAAGAUUGCUCUUGGCACUGCUAGGGCAUUGGAGUACCUGCAUGAGGUCUGCUCUCCUUCAGUCAUACAUAAGAACCUCAAAUCUGCCAACAUUCUGCUAGACAAUGAUCUGAAUCCUCAUCUCUCAGACUGUGGAUUGGCUAGCCUUGUUCCAAGCACAAAUCACCAGGUCUCUCAUCAGCAUUCUUGUUCUGGAUAUAGUGCACCUGAGGUAGCAAUGUCUGGUGAAUACACUCUCAAGAGUGAUGUUUACAGCUUUGGGGUGGUCAUGUUGGAGCUUAUGACUGGUCGAAUGCCAUUUGACAGUUCAAGGCCAAGGCAUGAGCAGUCUUUAGUUAGAUGGGCCACACCUCAACUUCAUGAUAUUGAUGCUCUCACAAAAAUGGUCGAUCCAGCACUGAAGGAACUCUAUCCUGUGAAGUCACUCUCUCGAUUUGCCGAUGUGAUUGCCUUAUGUGUCCAGCCGGAGCCUGAGUUCCGUCCGCCAAUGUCUGAAGUGGUGCAAUCACUUGUAACACUAGUGCAGCGUGCAAAUAUGAGCAAGCGAACAGUUGGAGGUGAGAAUAUGAGUUCACAUUUAGAUGACGAUGCUGAAAGUUGAAGUACAUGCACAUGUGCCAUGCGAAGAUCGUGAAAGUACACAAUUAACUUUCCCUCUUUCAGGAGUGUCGUUUGUCAUCUGGUUUUGCAUAAGCCAUAAAGUACAUAACUUCAUUCCUUUCAAAAGUGUAACUCGUCAUCUAGUUUUGCACAAGAAUGCACCAACGUUGAGUAUAGGUUGUCUAUAAUUUGAGACCCAAGGGGACUAGGCAAAUGCUUUUGUUGAACUUAGUAUGCUUUGUCUAAGCAAGCCUCUUGUUCUUGUAAAAUGGUAGACAUUAUUUCGUAGCUAACUGCAUCUUCUCGAUCAUAGCCUGCACAUUAGUUCAAGAACUUUCGGGCUAUGUUGCAAUAUUUUUUUUUUCUUGAAUGACGGUUAUCUUUUAUUUAUUGCGGACUAUUGGAGUGA